CAGCUGUCAAUGACAUUUUCGUUUGCUUCGUGUAAAUUUUGUGAUGUUACAUUUUCUAAUUCGACUGUAUAUCAAUGAAUAUGGUUUACAUUAAUAGAUAAUGAAUAAAUGCGUAUUAUCCGAUUUUGGUAAAAAACUGUAACAGUGUGUGGAAGGUACAGUUUCUAAUUUGGUUAUAAUGGAGGAUCUCAAUUUGACAGAGACCGAAAUGAGAUAUUUCGGUGAUUUGUUUUUGUGUUGUGACGAAGAAUCAAACGGAAAAAUACCAAUUUUAAAAGCAACAGAACUGUUUAGAUCUUCUAAUAUACCUAACGAUGUCCUAAAACAGAUCAUGGACAUUAGUGUGGCGCCGAGUACCUGCGCUUCAUUGAAUCAUAUGAACAGAAAGCAAUUCUAUUCAGCCCUUAAACUAAUAGCAGCUCAUCAAACAAAUAGAACAUUAAAACCUGAGCUUUUGGCCACUCCCUUAGAUUUACCUUUGCCUCGAUUCACUUGGGCCCUUAACUCGGACGCUAAUGCUGAUCUCAUACAGUUAUCCAAUUCGCCAAAGGAGCAACAUAUACCUAAAAGAGAAAGAAAUUUUGUGGGAAGUAUAGGAGCCUAUGAACCUAUGAGAGUAUCGGCAAAUCUAUCUGACAGUGAUGUACCCCAAACUCUGUCACACGACAACACGGAAGCACACAGCACAGACUCUGAAAUUGAAUCAGAAACAACAUCACAAAGAUCAGGAUCAUGUGGUCGUAGAGCGAAAGCCGGUUCACCGUGGAGUACAGCAAGUGAGAGUCCCACCCCGACUAACAGUGUGGCGGAGAAGGUGCACCCCGUGUGGGAACACAGCGCGACCGGGCGAGGAGUGUGGCCAGUCAACACUGCAGAAGAACAUACGCAAUUAUUGGGCACCGAAGAGGAGUCCUCGGACCGGCACUCAUCAGAUGAGGACGGGGAGGCGGAGGGCGCUAGCGACGACGUGUUCGUGAUCAGCGAGGCGCAGGCGCAGCACUACGCGGCGCAGUUCGCGCAGCUGCGCCCCGAGCGCGGCCUGCUGUCCGGACACACCGCCAGAUUAUUUUUCGAAAAGUCGCGUCUGUCGGUCCCCGACUUGAGGAAGAUCUGGCAGCUGGCGGACAUGGACAAGGACGGCAUGCUGUCGCUGGAGGAGUUCAGCAUCGCCAUGCACCUCAUAGUGCUGCGGCGCGCCAACGUGCCCGUGCCCGCCGCGCUGCCGCCGCGCCUGCUGCCCCCGCGCCCCCCGCCCGCCGACCUCGUCCACCUCGCCCCCGACAUGUUCGGCUCCGGCUCCUCCGCCGACUUCGACUUCCAGCCCGUGCCGGAGCCCGAGCCCCCCGCGCGCCCCGCCGACGCCUCCCUCACGCCGCCCAAGGAGGCCGCCAAGGAGUGGACCAAGUUCGUCGACUCGCCGACGUUCGGCGCCGCGAGCCCCCGGCCCGAGCCCGUCAACUUCGACUUCAAGGCCGCCCUCGAGCGCGACCCCAAGAUAUUCCACCCCGUGGCCCUGCGCGCGACGCCGGACGGCGGGCGGGACGAACGCGCCGGCGCCUCCCCGCGCCGCGACGACCUCGCGCUCGCCUUCGAGCCCGCGCCGCGCCGCCCGCAGCCCGAGCCCGCCCCCGCCCCCGCCGUGCAGCGCCCGCAGCCGCGCAAGCCGCCCAAGAGCGCGGGCGCGCUGCCGCCGCCGCCGGCGCGCGACGAGCAGCCGCAGUCGCUGCAGCACGCGCCGCGCAAGGAGCCGCCGCCGCCCCCGCCGCCGCGCCCGCUGCGCAACCACACGCGCUCCAGCUCGCUCGACCUCAACCGGCUCAAGUCGGCUCCGCCGCCGCAGCCACCGCCGCGGAUGUCUCCGCGCGAGUACGACGGCGAAGGGUUCGGGUACGCGCGCGAGGACGGGCCGCGCAUGCAAGGCGCGUUCGAGGUGUACCGCAAGCGAUCGCCGGCGAGCGCGGCGGACGAGCCGGACGUGCGCGCGCUGCACGAGCAGAACGCCGUGCUGCACCGCGUGUGCCGCGCGCUGUGCGCCGAGCUCGCGGACGCGCAGCGCGAGCGGCGCGCGCUCGCCGUGCGGCUCGACCCGCGCCACGACUCCCGCCCCGACGCCGUGUAACACCACACCAAGCUCGACAUCGCUCCCGCUACGAUUUUUUAAUCUGAGAUUCUGAGUUGGCAUAUCCUUUCGCGUCGUCUCUUCUUCGUUGCAUUUUGUCAGUAAUUUGAGACAAAAUUAGGUUUCGGUCGUCGGUUUAGGGUCUGAGGUUGGAAACUGUACCUAGAGCGCGCGGGACGAGGAUAAUCUCGAUACGCCGGUGUUGCGAGCGUCCGACGACUCGAAAGGUCGCGGUGGCGUCGGCCGAGCCCGGAACGCUGCGAUAUAUCUCUAGUAAAAAUGUUUAUCUCGCUUAUUUCGUUAAUUAAAAAUGCGAUAGCACCCGUCUGGACUAAUUUAAGUGACUCGAUAUUUUGUCUAUGGAUCCGCUCGAAGUGAUAAUCGAGUGGAGACUGGAGACGUGCCGAGCCCUGUGAUAUGAUGUAUUCGCUAUUGACUUUCCUUUGACCCCACCUUUUUAGGUUAUUUUGAAAUCAGUAAAUUAUUAAAAAUCAGAAACAUUUACAAACAAUAAUUUGGCAAUGUUUCACAUGUGAUUGUACGAAAUAUUGUACUAAGUAUCAUUUUAAAGUAAAAUUAGAUAGGUUUCAAAUUACUGCGACUAUUUAAUAGUUGAGCUAACAUUAUAUUCAAUAACAAAUACAUCACAUCUCAUCAAAUGUUUAUCUUAUUUUGUAUAUUAAUAUAUUUAUGCUUUAUAAUUUAAUACACUAUUAUGUCAAAGUAAUCUCACAUAAAUAUUGUUACAUUCUGUUAUUGGCCAAGUUAACAUUGCAGCAUAAUUUAUAAUUUUUAAAUUUUAUUUAGAUAAGUAAGCAUAUUCCAAAUUUAAAAAUUCCAAUAAUAUUAAUUUGACACAGUCAACAUUGUGCGUUGCGUUUUUACAAAGAGGCUAUACGUGAUUAAAAUGAGCUACCUAUAGUUGGUCAAGAAACUGAAAAAAUUUAAAAGUGGCAA